CCGAGUUCAAUCAUUAUUAUCGGAAUGGAAGAGGAGGGCCUAGCUUUGAUCAACAUGGCGGACAACAAAGCCCAAGGACUGGGAUAACAGCGGCGCACUCGGUACACAACACUAUGGAUCAGGUUCAGAACUCCCACGAAGGGUACAACAACAACAGCCCGUAUAACCACUACCCGAAUUAUCGACCCGGCUAUGGGAAUAGUGGAUAUGGGGGCAUGAUGAGUCCUUCACGACAGGGGAAUAACCUGAUGGGCCCGGGCAGCGGCAACUCGGUCGCUGCUAACCACAGCAAAGCGGCUAUGACUGCUACCAGCUCCCCGGCUGGAGGUGGAGUUGGCGGCGGCAACAACGGAGGAUUUCAGCGGUUCCCCGGACAGAGUCAGCAGCAGCUGCACCCGUCCGGAGCUACACCGACUUUGAAUCAGUUAUUGACGUCUCCGAGCACGAUGAUGCGAGGUUAUGGAAGUGGAUAUCCAGAUUAUAAUAAUCCUUCUGCACAACAACAGCCGAGCAUGGGGCUGGCUAAAGACAUGAGCUCCCAGUACGGCUCGGCUACUCAUGGCUGGGGAGGACAACAAAGAAAUCACCCGACCAUGAGCCCAGGGAACAACGGGCAGGGCAGCGGCAGACCACAGGUGCCGCCCAUGGACCCGAUGGCGAUGAAGCGCUCUCAGCUCUACAGUAUGAGCAACAACCCGUACUCUCAGCAGCAGGGGGCGCCGUACUCCGGCCAGCCCUACGGCUCCCCUUCCCCUCAUAGAUACCCGAUGGGAAUGCCAAGCAGAGGGCAGAUGGGGAUGGGAGGGAUGCAGUACCCUCAGCAACAGAUGGGUUCUCAGUACAGUCAGCAGCAGCAGAACGUGGGUGGUUACUGUCAGCCGGGUCAGCCGCCGUACUUCAGCCCUCCCCAGCAGCAGCCCGCUGCCCCGAGCCAGCCACCGUACAUGCAGCCCCGCCCACUGCCGCAACAGGAGGUGCCACAGGAGGCGUACGGGGGGCGGGGCCAGUCUGCUGCUAUGACUCCUGGGAAACCAAACCACGAGGAGAUGAGUCUGAGCCAACAGGAGAGGCCGUCCAGCCUGCCGGAUUUGUCCGGCUCCAUUGAUGACUUGCCCACUGGCACAGAGGCAGCGGUGAGUUCAGGAGCGUCGGGCUCUGGCAGCACUCAGGGCGACCAGGGGACCCCGGCCCGUUCUCCUUUCUCCCCCCACGUCUCACCUCGGCUGCCCCCACCAGCUCGCACCGGGCCCUCCCCCUCCCCCUCACCUUCCCCCGCUGGGUCCAGCAGCCAAUCGCGAUCUGGGCCGAUGUCUCCCGCCACCGGCGGACCAGGCUCUCAGUUGACCCCUCAGGUCUCUGGUCCUGGAUCAGAUGUUGGUCCUCAUCCUUCCCAGUCUGCCAUGACUCAGGACAGAGGUUUCCCUCCCUCCAUGCAGCGUAGCACCCAAGGGCCUCAGUUUGGCCCACACCAAUCAGCACCACCCAUGUCCCCUCACUCAGCAUCAGGGGGACCCAUGCACCACGGCUCCUACCAGCAGGGCAGCUCAUAUGGCCAAUACGGACCCCCAGGUAACUACCCUCGGCCCCCCCACUAUGGUGGGGCCCCCAGUGCCAACUACAGCGGACCUGGCCCGGGUCCCAGCUUAGCCAACAGCCUGGGCUUGAACGCCAGCAGUCCCAUGCAUGGUCAGGGCCCAUCUACCCCGGCAGGUCGCGGCCCUGGACCUGGCCCCGGAGGCCGGCCUUACCCCACUGGAGGAAGUGUCAUGGCCCCAACCUCCCCCGGCAUGCCACAGCCCGCCGGGCAGGGCAUGGGGCCUCCGGGGCCCAACGCGAGCCGCAAACUGCCUGAGGUUGGCCCCAGCGUCGGGCCAAGUGCCACCUCUUCAUCCUCCUCGACCUCCGCGACGGCUGCCCAGGGCAGGCCUCCCUUCGCUCGUUCCCCUGCCUACCACAACCAGUCCUGGCCCGGGGGUCGACCUGCCCUCUCUCCUACCCUUCACCCCUCUCAUCCUCCUCCUCCUCACCCUCCUCACCACUCCCAGCAGGGAACCUAUGCUCAGGCCCAACCCACCGUGCAGACCCCCCCUGAGCAUUAUGGGCAGGGCAGCUACCUGGGCAUGGCACCAAUGGGAGGAAUGGGCCCUGGUGGCCCUGGAGGUCCUGGAGGUCCCUAUAGCCAGCAACCGGGCAGUAACUCUGGGAGGAUGACACCGCAGGGACCGCCAUACAAUGCCCCAUCCUCAGGCCCCAUGAUGAUGCCAACCGAGGGGAUGGGUGCUCAUCUAGAUGCUAAGCAGAGGGUUGAGCUCAGCAAAGAGAGCGUCUGCCCUGCCACCGAACCACCCAAACCCAAGAAGCCCAGCGUGGCCACCAUGACCAACGAGAAGAUCACUCGGCUGUAUGAGAUGGGCUCUGAGCCGGAGAGGAGGCUGUGGGUGGACCGGUACCUGUCCUUCAUGGAGGAGAGGGGGACGCCCGUCCCAAACCUGCCCGCCGUGGGAAAGAAGCCUCUGGACCUCUGCAGACUCUACCUGGCUGUCCGAGAGAUCGGAGGCCUUGCCAUGGUGAAUAAGAAUAAGAAGUGGAGGGAGCUGUCAUCCCAGUUAAAUGUGGGGACGUCCAGCAGCUCAGCCAGUUCUCUGAAGAAGCAGUACAUCCAGUACCUGUUCGCCUACGAGUGUAAGGUGGAGCGAGGAGAGGAGCCUCCACCUGAGGCCUUGGGACCCGCUGGAGAUGCCAAAAAACCUCUGUCACUCCAGGCCAAGAUCCAGCCACCGUCCCCAGCCAACUCGGGCUCCCUGCAGGGCCCCAACACCCCUCAGUCCAGCAGCAGCUCCCUGACCGAGGCCCCUGGAGACCUGAAGCCCCCGACCCCUGCUUCCACCCCGCACAGCCAGAUGGGCCCCCAGCCUGGAAACAGGAACAUGGGAGGAGUGAGCAUCCAGGACCCGUUCUCUGAAGGCAGCGAUCCAGCUUUCCACAACAAGCGAGGCUCGGGACCCGGCGCCGCCCCCUAUCAGCAGGGAGGAGGCCCAACGGAUCCAUCAAUGAGAAUGCAAUACGAUGCCAACAAAGACCCAUACGUAGGGCCGCGGAAAGGUCCGGGGCCUGGCGAGCCCUUUGGUCCUGGUCAGAUGCCCAGUGGUGCCAUGCAGGACAUGUACCCCCGCGGGCCGGCCUCAGGGCCCCUGACAGGGUUGGGCCCCAGACCACAGUACCCCUAUGGCCCCGGCUACGAGCGGAGGCCAGACCAUGUGAUUGGGCCUGAAGGAGGCAUGGCGCCCCCUGGAGGUCAGAACAGUAUGGGUCCCUCUGGAAACGAGGCUGGCAUGUACCCCAGCAGAUACCCCCACCAGAGGCAUGGACAUGAUGGUUAUGGGCAGCAGUAUCCUCACAGCAUGGCCUACGGUUCCCAUCAGCCCCUGUACCCUCAGCAGCAGGGUUACAAGCGUCCGAUGGAGGGUCUGUAUCCUCCUGCAAAGCGUCAUGAAGGCGAAGCAUUCGCUGUGCAGCAGUUUGGCUCUCAGCAGCCUGAAAUGUUCAGCCCCUAUGGUGGAGGAGGUGGAGGCUACAUGGGCCCUGAGCGGCGGCCAGUCCAGGGCCAGUACCCGUAUCCUUACAGCCGCGACCGGCAGGGACCCCCACAACACGGCAUGAUGGGUUCAGGACCGCCAGCAGUGUCUGGGGGGCCCGCAGAGGGGCCACAGGCCAACAUGUGGCACCCCAGGACAGACAUGGGGUACACCUACAGCCGGCAGGGCCAGGGACCCCCCUAUCCUGGUAUGGGCCGGGGAGAUGACCAGGAGGGCAGGCCCCCUCAGGACAGCCAGUGGCCCCCCAGUCAUCCAGGCCAGCGCCAGCCUCCGUAUCCACCGCACUCCUCUUCCUCCUCCCCCUCCAUGCCCCCCUUGCCCUCCAGACAGCCCCCCUCCUCCUUCCAGGCCACACCAACCGUUCCUAACCAUGUGACCCGCUCUCACAGCCCCUCCUCCUUCCCACGGCCUCUGGGGGGCUCUCUGUCCCCCAACAGCGCCCCCUACCUGCCCUCUAUGAAGAAGCCGGGGCACCCCGGUGUCCCCCCCGGCCCCCCGCCCGCUCAGAGCCUCCAUCUCAUCCACAGAGAGGUCAGCUUCCCCUCCAGUUCUGUGGAGGCAACCCCCCCAAAACUAAAGCCAAGACGCCGGCUCACCGCCAAGGACACAGGAACCCCGGAGGCAUGGCGAGUGAUGAUGUCACUGAAGUCCGGCCUAUUAGCAGAGAGCACCUGGGCUUUGGACACCAUCAACAUCUUGCUGUAUGAUGACAGCACUGUGGGCUCCUUCAACCUCACACAGCUGCCUGGUUUCCUGGAGCUCAUCGUGGAGUAUUACCGCCGCUGCCUCAUCCAGAUCUUCGGCAUCCUGGAGGAGUAUGAGGUUGGAACCGAGGGCCAGAGGACUCUGCUGGGACCCGUGUUUGACCCCCCCAAGAAGGAGGAGGUGCUGAAGGAGUCACCACCUGCCAACUCCGAAUCUAACAGCCAAUCAGCCGAAGAGCAGAGGAUACCAAGGAGGUCAGCAGAGGAGAUGGAGGCAGUGUCACCACUACCCACGGCUGCACCCGCCAUCGACACUGAAGAGGAGGUGAAAGACAGUGAAUCUGUCGUCAAAGAGGAGGUGGUGGUGAAAGAUGAGCACCAGGAGCAGGCAGAACCACGCCCCCAACAGGCCAGCAAGUAUGACAAGCUGCCAAUCAGGGUGGAGGAGACGGGGGAGGAGUGGGAGGAGGUGGAGGAGCGCUGGGCAGAGCUCAGCCGACCCAACGGCUUCAUCAGCGGCCUCCUGCACUGGAGGGCCGGAGGAGGAGACUCCACCGCUCACAUCCAGACAGGAGACUCCACCCCCACAAACCUCUCAAUUGAGAGGGAGGAGAGAAGGGGCCGUGAUGGAGGGAGGAGUCAGGAGAGAGGGGAAGGAGAUGGCAGGCAGGAGGAGAAUAGGAAGGAAGCAGAGGUAGGCGUGGAGAAGAACCUACCAGCCGGUGAAGAGAUGCCACCUGAAACACAUGAAGGCUCCCUGUCAGAGGUCAGAGGUCAGACGCCACUGAUUCAGAGUCCCAUCAGCCCUCUGGAGGACGAGCCUCGCUGCUGGGACGAGGCUCCGCUCUCCACGGCUGAGUCCUGGCAGGACUCUCUGGCCAAACGCUGUGUCUGCAUCUCCAACAUUGUGCGAGGCCUCUCCUUCAUCCCCGGCAAUGACGCCGACAUGUCGCGGCACCCUGGCCUGGUGCUGAUCCUGGGCCGGCUCGUGCUGCUGCACCACCACCACCCCCGCAGGAAAUGGAUGCCACCCAGCUACCAGCGGGAGGAGGAGCAGGGGCUGGCCUGCAGCAGGGACGAGUGGUGGUGGGACUGCCUGGCGGCGCUCAGGGAGAACACGCUGGUGACGCUGGCCAACAUGUCGGGCCAGCUGGACCUGUCGAUGUACCCCGAGAGCAUCUGCCUGCCCAUUCUGGACGGGCUGCUGCACUGGAUGGUGUGCCCGUCCGCUGAGGCCCAGGACCCCUUCUCCUCGGCGGGAGGCUUCUCCUCGCUCACCCCUCAGAGACUGGUGCUGGAAUGUCUGUGCAAGCUGAGCAUCCAGGACUGCAACGUGGACCUGCUGCUCGCCACGCCGCCUUUCAGCCGCCAGCAGAAGCUGUACGCCACGCUGGUACGCCUCGUGGGUGAGAGGAAGAGCCAGGUGUGCCGGGAGAUGGCGGUGGCCGUCCUGUCCAACCUCGCACAGGGUGAUCCCACGGCAGCACGCACCGUCGCCCUACAGAAGGGCAGCGUAGGAACUCUGAUCGGCUUCCUGGAGGACAGCGUGGCCAUGGCUCAAUACCAACAAAGCUCGCACAGCAUGCUGCACUCCGCCGCCACGCCGGAGCCGCCCAGCGUCAACAUGAUGUGCCGCGCCGCCAAGGCCCUGCUGGCCAUGGCGAGGGUGGAGGAGAACCGGACGGAGUUUGUUCUGUACGAGAGUCGGCUGCUGGACAUCUCGCUGUCGGCCGCCCUCAACUCCUCGGUGGCGGCCAUCAUGUGUGAAGUACUUUUUAAAAUUGGCCGCUCGUGACACAAACACCGCCACGGAGCACGCUCAGUGGCGCUAGAAGCAGCUCCGACCAUGUGACGAACUGGCUCCUAUUAUAUUUUUAUUUAAAGAACAGAACACAAAUGUUUUUACAUACAAAUGAAUAUAUAUAGAAUAUAUAUAGCUCCUCGGCUCCAUCCGCAAAAUGUUUAUUUGGGAUUUUUAAGUAAUUUUAAUACAAAAAUAUUUAAUACUUGUAUUUUUAAUUUUUUUAUUCUUUUGUCAGUUUGUUGUUUUGUUUUGUUUUAACCAAAGUGUGAUGGUGGACAACGCUCGGGUUCUGGCUCUCUUCGAUGUUUUUAAACAGACGUGGUCGUUUCUUUCUGUUUGCUGGGCUGUUUUUGGGGGGCGGGGUUAGUUAGAUUUUGGAGGCGGGGUCAGAUUUAUUUAAAUAGUGAUAUGUUGUAGAUAGGCCGCUCUUUUCACAUGUGGUAUGACAGAGGAAACACUGAUGUUCAGUCAUGUACUUUGUUUUGGUGCAAUAGGUUUGUUUUGGGCGUUUUUUUACUUUAAAUGUGAAUAAUUUGAUCAUCUGCAGUUUGACCAUCAGUAUUUUGCCGAACCACAACAGUAUCAAGCGUCACUUUCUGUUUUUUAAGAACUUUGUAUGUGUCCUCCACCAAUCAAAUCCAAAUUUCCCUCCAACGGCAUCAUCCUCCUGUGAAUAGACGAUGUACAUUUGACUCGGUGACGGUAGCUGGUGAUGAAUUAUCAUCAUUUAUAAUCACAACUCUGCUCACCCGAACGUUUGGUUUCUCUUCCCAGCAGGUGAAGACUUGUUUCUGUAUUUAAGGAAAAAUCCACAGUUUCAGGAUGUUUUGGGGGUCUGAUCUGGGGGAGGGUGUGCUUGAUUUGAGAGACUGUCUGUACAGGAGGUCUGGGGGGGUGGGACUGUACUCAUCAUGUUGCUAACUGACACAACUUCAAAAACAGUUAUAACAAAUGUAAAGAGAGAAAAAAGAAGAAAAUCUCUACAUCCAGAGCGUCUCCUGUUUGAUUUGACAGACGUUUCUUCAGUAUGAGAUCUUCAUAUGUUCCACAACAAGAAUAAACGUACAUGAACUCUGGUUGAGCACUGUGAACGCAGCUCUGGGCUGGUUUGUGAGCAGAUCUGGAAUGAAAAACUGAGAGAGCUUAAAUUUUUUGAUUAAAUCUAUAAACUAAACUGAAGGUGUGCAGCUGCAGUUCGGUCAUUACGCAUCACAAAAAACAGGAGAGAAAACGUCUGUUGUUCAAUCCUC